CUUUAGAUUUACUUUUAUUCUCUUUUCUCUUUCUUAAUUCCUAUUUAUUUUUUGUUUAUUUAAUGUUUUUGUGGGAGAAAGGAUCCAAUGAAAUUGCUCUAAAGGCCAUGGGCAGAGCUAUCAACAAAACUAUGAUGAUUGCUGAAUUGAUUAAGAGAAGGAUUACUAGUCUCCAUCAGAAUACAUCAAUUGGUUCAAUGGAUAUAACCGAUACAUGGGAACCAUUAGAAGAAGGCCUUCUUCCCCUAGAAACUACUCACCAUGUCUCAGUGAUAACAAUUACUUUGUCCAAGAAGGAACUGGAUAAAUCUUCUGCAGGAUACCAAACACCUAUUUCGGUUGAUCAAGUGACACCAUGGAAUGAAUAUGAUUAUGAAGGAGAGGGAUCUCCUAAUAUGCGUGGGAGAGGACGUGGUGGUUGGGGAAGGGGUAGAGGAAGAGAUAAAAUUCUCUGCAUUUUAAACAAUGGAGAUGGUGGAUGGGAUGGUGGACGUGGAUAUGGUGGAAGAGGCCGAGUUAGGGGAAGAUGCCGCGGUUUUCUUGGACGUGGAAGAGGCUAUGGUGGUGGGGAUAUGCAACAAGACUUGGGUGGUUACAAUGGUGGAUCAGGGGCACCGUUUGCUCAAGGCCGUGGUAAGUAUAUUUAUAUGUUUGUCAUUCCAAAUAUUUCUCUCUACUUAAGUAAAAUAUGAUGGUCAAUUAACAAUAGUGGCAUUGAGAACUUUAAUAACCACACUCCAGUGACCUUUGUCAU